UCAUGAAGCAUAACACUCCUAAACAGAACGAUCACUGUCUCUCCAACUUUGACCUGGCCGAGUACCGGCAGGUUCUGAGUGAUCUGGCUAUUCAGAUCUACCAGCAGCUCAUCAGGGUCAUAGAAAACAUUUUACACCCCAAGAUUGCACCAGCCAUGCUGGAGCAGGAGACCAUUCAGGGUGUGAUGGGUGUGAAGCCCACAGGAAUGAGGAAGCGCACGCCCAGUUUCCAUGAGGAGGGCUCUCACUCGCUGGAGUCCAUUCUGAAGCAGCUGGAUGUGUUCUAUUACACGCUGCUUCAGCACGGCAACGACACCGAGCUGGUCCGACAGGUCAUCAAACAGCAGUUCUACGUCAUCUGCUCUGUUACACUCAACAACUUACUGCUCCGCAAGGACAUGUGCUCCUGGAGUAAAGGCCUGCAGAUCAGGUAUAAUGUAUGUCAGCUGGAGGAGUGGUUGCUGGAUAAAGAUCUUCAGGGCAGUGGAGCGCGUGAGUCUCUGGAGCCUCUGAUUCAGGCAGCUCAGCUUCUGCAGAUCAAAAAGAAGAGCCAGGACGAUGCAGGGGCCAUCUGUACUAUGUGCACAGCUCUCACCACUGAACAGAUUGUGAAAAUCCUCCGCUUGUACACACCAGUGAAUGAGUUUGAGGAGAGAGUGUCUAUAUCAUUCAUAAAGUCUGUACAGACUUUAUUAAAGGAUCGGAAGGAGUCUUCUCAGUUACUGAUGGACGCAAAGAUCAUUUUCCCAGUCACUUUCCCCUUCAACCCUUCACCUGUGGCCCUCGAGACCAUCCAGAUCCCCAGCAGCCUCAACCUGAACUUCCUGACACCAGUUUAAAAACACACCAGUGACAUCUUCAUGGAACCUGCAGAGCAGACCGGAUCAAUCUGCUUUGAAAUAAAGCCUUGGAUUGUAUUUGUGGUCACAUUUUCUGGGAUGUUUGUUUACACUUCCUGUAUCACUGUUAAGGAUUUCACUUUUGAGAUGAAUUUUAGAAACGUUAAACGGCUUGCACUGUAUUUGCUGGUGUGUGUUUUGGGGCUAAAAUGUGUUGGUGUUAAGGACCUCAAUUAGGUCAUAUAGCUCAAAUGGGUCUGCUGCCUUUAUAAUAGUGUUUGCCAAUAAUAUAUUGCUGUAAAGCAUAUUUAUAGGGGUUCUUGUAAGGUUGAAAAUGGACAGGAGCACUUUUCUUGAUCUUUAUAAAACUUAAAUAUUUGUGUGUGCAGUAUUUGGAUGUAAAAACUUUGUCAUUGCCAUUUGAAAUAUGAAAUCAAAU